AUGGCGCCUUCACAACAUAGCAGCAGUCGUAUACCAGCGAGCGUAAACGAAUACACCAUCCUACCUCUCUCCAUCCCACCGACCGCCGCUUUCCCCGUAGCAACAAAACACUACCUCUACCUACGACCCAACGCGCCCAAGAUAGCCACCGACAACACGCCCCGCGAACUCUUCAUCGUCAACCUCCCCAUCGACGCCACAGAACCUCAUUUGCGCAAUUUAUUCGCCGUACAUGGAGGCGGUGCGCGUGUAGAAAGAGUAGAAUUUGAAGGAGCAAGGACAGGCAGAAAAAUCACAGCGCCGGUGACGAGUAAAAGUGGGAAAAAGAGGAAGAGAGGUGCUGACGGAGAGGCCAAGAAGGUGGAGUUGCCAGAGACGUGGGAUAGAAGUGUGGGGAGGAGUGGAAAUACUUGUGUGGUUGUAUUUGUGGAUGCUGCUGCUGCGGAGAUGGGACUGAAGGAGGUGAAGAAGGCGGUAAAGGCUGGUAAAGAGAUUGUUUGGGGCAAUGAUGGGAUGGUGGACAAGGUGCCUGCUUUGGGUGCUGCGAGUGAGUUUUACUCUUCUGCUUCUCGAGAAACGUCGGAGCUAACACGUGCAAAAUCAAGGNNAUACCUAAGCCACCACGCCCUCCGCUUNCCCUCCACCGCCGUCCUCCAAACCUCCGUCGACGCAUACAUGACAGCCUUUGCCGAGCAAGAAGCCUCUCGCGCACGCGCACUCGCCCGCCAACGCGCCGAGCCCGACGAAGACGGCUUUGUCACCGUCACACGCGGCGGCCGCAUGGGACCCGCCCGUCAAGAAGAAGCGCAAGAAAAAGCAGAGAAGCAAAAGGAAAAGCAAAAGGGCAAAGAGGACUUUUAUCGUUUCCAGAUGCGCGAGAAGCGCAAGGAGAAGGCUAAUGAGUUGCUCAAGGGCUUCGAGGAGGAUAGGAAGAAGGUUGAGGCUAUGAAGAUGAAGAGGAAUAAGUUUAGACCGAACUAG